AUGGAGAAACAUUGUCUGAAGCUGAUAAAUUAUGCUUGUCUGAAAGAAUCUCCUGAAGUUCAAUUAGACGCGUUUAAAAGCAUCAUAUCGUUGACCACUCGCUUUCCUGGCCUUAGAGCUCUAUUCGUCCGCCACGUCGACACACGAGUGGACAACCUUUGGAGCGUGCCUGAGCGUAAUCGCACCCAUGAAUGGGAAUUCUUUCGCAAAUUUGCUAUAUUCUGCCUCUUUCCAAAUGCCAUUGCAAACACGCUAGAAGCUGUCAGGCCGCGCAAACUCGGCCGUCUCCUUCAUUCAUCGCGUGCUGUUGUUGAAAGUUUGAUUUCAAUUUGCAAAGAGGAUUCCGGGCUCUCGAAGCUAACCGCCGUUCGCUCCCUUGCAGGAAUUCUGGAGAUGCCCGAUUUUUGGAGCGUCGAGAACAACUAUUCACUUCAGUGUUACAUCGCCCGUCAGUUGUUGGAUGUAAUCGUACAGCUCAUCGAAGAUACCCGCAAUGAUGUCGGAUUCUUGGAAGUUGAGCCGGUUGAUCAUGUGGAUGCCGGCAUCGACUUGGAAGGCAUUGAUAUGCUUGCAAGUGCUACGCUGUUUGGCGUGCAACGUUGGGUAAGAGUGGGACUUGUGAAAGAUCUGGGUUCAGAAUGUUGGUACGAAAGCUUUCUUCGUUUAAUUGAGGUACUUCGAAGUCUGAAUGCAGAAGAAGGGCUCAAACUGUCAUAUAGUCGUGCGAUCCAAGAUUGGACAUCCUUCUUCAAGGAGUUUUCAGAUGGACCACUGCCAGAAUCGCUGCCGGGCGAAUACGAAAUCCCGGCUCCCAUUCGUCUACCUGAGACUAAUCCAGAUAAUAAUGCUCAUGGAAGGUGGACGAGAGCAGUUAAAAACCCACGAAUCGCUAAUGACUCUCCGCUAUCUCAAACCUCUACUUACACCGAAGAGGUGCCACCGAUUGACUGCUCCUCUGUGCACGAAUCUUCGAGCAGCUCGGAGACGCUGUCGUCGGACGCUUCUCUCGGUGAAGCUUCUGCAUCCGCCAUACUUGCAGACACUUCGCAUACGCCUUCCGAAGGUGCAGCCAGGGCGGACGGAUCCGACGUCUAUCUUACUCCACUAGUUGUCGUACCUCCGAGUUCUGCAUAUCUUGUCAAGCAAGAUAUGGCAGAAGCUCAGUCUUCGUUCGAACAGCUGUAUCACGCGCCGAAGGAGAACAGUAUUCAUCUCGGGAUCGAUCAGCUUUCUAGAAGCUUCACGAACCGGCGGUUUGCGUCGCACCUGCGUCACAACUGA